CCUAGCUCUCAUAUCCCAGGCACGCAGACAAUUUUCGUGAAGACGUUCGGGUGCGCGCAUAACCAGAGUGAUAGUGAAUACAUGGCUGGUCAACUCUCAGCAUUUGGUUAUGCACUGACAGAAAUUCCCGAAGAUGCAGACCUGUGGCUCAUCAACACUUGCACCGUUAAGUCCCCUAGCCAAUCAGCUAUGGAAACUCUUAUAUCAAAAGGCAAAAAUGCAAAGAAACCCCUGGUGGUAGCUGGAUGUGUUCCUCAAGGAAGCAGAGAUAUGAAGGAGCUAGAAGGAAUUAGCAUAAUAGGUGUCCAGCAAAUAGACCGUGUGGUUGAAGUGGUGGAAGAAACCUUGAAAGGUCAUGAAGUGAGGCUUCUAACUCGAAAAACACUGCCAGCGCUGGACCUUCCUAAGGUGAGAAAGAAUAAAUACGUAGAAAUUCUUCCGAUUAAUGUUGGUUGUUUAGGUGCUUGCACCUACUGUAAGACGAAGCAUGCUCGUGGCCAUCUUGGGAGUUAUACGGUGGAAUGCCUUGUCGAACGGUUGAGAACUGUCAUUUCAGAAGGAGUCAAAGAAAUAUGGUUAAGCAGUGAAGACACUGGUGCCUAUGGCCGUGACAUUGGGGUAAACCUUCCAAUAUUGUUGAAUGCCCUUAUAGCAGAACUUCCAACUGAUAGAAGUACCAUGCUUCGCAUUGGCAUGACGAAUCCUCCUUUUAUACUCGAACAUUUAGAAGAAAUAGCUAAAGUUCUGCGCCACCCCUGUGUUUAUUCAUUUCUUCAUGUUCCUGUGCAAAGUGGGAGUGAUGCUGUUCUUAACGUGAUGAACCGUGAGUACACUGUCAGUGAUUUUAGAGCUGUGGUGGAUACUUUGAUGAGUCUUGUGCCUGAGAUGCAGAUUGCAACUGAUGUAAUAUGUGGAUUCCCAGGUGAAACUGUUGAAGAUUUUGCACAAACUAUUGCUCUCAUCAAGGAGUACCAGUUUCCUCAGGUCCAUAUUUCACAGUUCUAUCAACGACCAGGAACCCCUGCUGCAAGAAUGAAGAAAGUGCCGAGCUCACAAGUGAAGAAUCGUAGUCGUGAAUUGACAUCCAUUUUUGAAUCUUUCAAGCCUUACAAAGAAAUGGAAGGUCAGAUUGUAAGAAUAUGGAUAACAGAUAUCGCUUCUGAUGGAGUCCAUUUGGUGGGACAUACCAAGGGCUAUGUGCAAGUCUUAGUCAUUGCUCCAGAGACCAUGCUUGGCACCUCAGCAGAGGUAAAAAUUACUUCAGUUGGAAGAUGGUCUGUAUUUGGGGAGUUUAUCAAAAGUUCCACAGAGCUAAACCUUAGUGUUAGGCGAGCUCACCAAGCCGCGAAGUGCCCCGCCUGCAACUCUUGUGAAAAUCUCUGUUCAUGCUCAAGCGAGCCGGAAUGUUACUCGGCCAACUCGAAAGCCAGCAUAGAGGAUAUUAAUCUGUGUCCGUGCUCGAGUGAGUCGGAAUGUAACUCAACCAACACGAAAGAAGGUUCUGCAGGUAUCGGUGCAGAUCCCUCCGCUAAAAAUGGGAGGGUGGGAACAUUUAUUAGUUCUAUCAAACCUGUUUUACUGAGGAGAGUUAAACAUUUAUUAGUUCUAUCAAACCUGUUUUACUGA